UUUCCUCUUAGCCCUGAAUCAUUCAUACAAUAUCCAAUUUCAUCAACAUCUCAACGCCUGAAUCACGACAAGAAUUUUAUAGCUAAAGAGCUAAAGAAACAUACAUGGCAACCAUUCAAGCUCCAAACAAGUUGUUUCCUUUCAUGACUUCAUCUUCAUGUUCUCGCAGAAGAAGCAUUACAGCCACUAUAAACCUACCAAAAACUCGCAUUGCUCCUCUCCCUUUCCCUAAGCUCUCUACUAGAAGCUUGGUGGAAGAACUAGACAGGAUGAGUUUUUAUGAAAUUGCAACAGCCACUGCCACCCGAACGGAAAAGGAUGCCAUUUCCACUUCUGGGAUCAAUACUAAUGAUACUUGUGUGAGGCAAGGCACCGAUGCUUCUGAUCCUACGGUGAUUGCUAAGCUUUAUGCAAUAAUGGAGGCCGUGGCAGAUAGGGUGGAGAUGCAUAAGAAUAUUGGAGAGCAGCGAGAUAACUGGAACAAUCUUCUUUUGACUUCCAUUAAUGGCAUUACUCUCACUGCUUCUACCAUGUGUGGACUUGCAGCCAUAAGUGAUAGCGGUGCACCCCAUGCAACCUUCAAAAUCUCCUCAACAAUACUCUAUCUUGCUGCUACUGUUAUGCUGGCUAUAAUGAACACCAUCCAACCAUCUCAACUGGCUGAAGAACAGAGAAAUGCUUCCAGGUUGUUUAAGCAGCUUCAAGCUAGGAUUCAAACAAUGUUGGCCAUUGGGAAUCCUACCAUUAGUGAUGUCAAUGAAGCAUUGGAGAAUGUUUUGGCUUUAGACAGGGCAUAUCCACUUCCAUUACUAGGUGCUAUGCUUGAAAAAUUCCCAUCAACUGUGAAGCCUGCAGUUUGGUGGCCACAGAAAAAGCAGAAAAAAGUCGAAGGGCUUGGAAGAAACAUGGAUAUUGGAAAUGGUUGGAAUAGGAAGAUGGAAGACGAAAUGAGAGAGAUUGUUGGAGUUUUGAAGAGGAAAGACAAGGAAGAUUACUUAAGGUUAGGUGAAGUAGCCUUGAAAGUAAACAAGAUAUUGGCCAUUUCUGGUCCUCUAUUAACCGGCCUUGCAGCUAUGGGGUCUGCUUUUGUGGGUACAAAUCCAUGGGCAGUGAUAGUGGGUGUUGUUGGAGGUGCUUUGGCAAGCGUUGUGAAUGCAAUGGAGCAUGGAGGGCAAGUUGGGAUGGUACUUGAGAUGUAUAGGAGCAACGCUGGUUUCUUCAAGCUUAUGGAAGAGACAAUAGAAUCAAAUAUCAAUGAAAGAGAUGUGAGGACAAGAGAAAAUGGAAAAAUGCUUGAAAUCAAAGUGGCUCUACAGUUAGGCAGGAGCCUCUCAGACCUAAAGAAUCUUGCAGCAUCAUCUUCUCUAAGUAAUGGGGAGGCUACUGAAGAGUUUGCUAGCAAGCUUUUCUAGCUAUUAGUAGCUUACUUGUCCAUACAUAACGUGGUAUGAUAAUUAUGUUGAUUUUUGUACAUAAUCUAACAUAAAUAUCGCUCAUAAAUACAAAUUAAUUUU